AAGUUCUGCAUGACAGUGCCGCUUUAACUCCUAAAUGUCAGAGGAUUAAACAGUCAGACUGCAGAGGCAUAAUCUAUACGAAAACACUGCUUAAUUAAGAUACAUUUUUCUUAUGACUUUAGUGUCCUUUUAAUGUAUGUCAUUGACUUGAGCUUUGUAUAUUUUAUGUAGGAACUCUAAAGAUUAACAAUGAAAUGAAAAGUGUCAAAAGGCUGCAGGUUUCCACCGAUUUGUACAUUUCAUUCCCACAACAAGGUAAGACUGUUUUACUAGAGUCGAUAUCUUUUCCAAAAGUUUGAAUCCAAACCAUAACUUAAUGCACUGUAUGCCCUUCAUAGCCCCACCGUCCUGAUUUCACCCUCAGAUGACUCUGCCUUUGGAUACACUUAGACUCCACCCUUGACGCUGAACUUAACUUAUUGCUCGUUUUGUUGGUCUCAAGUUAAAACCAGCCGGUAGCUUGUAGUUGCUACAAAUUACCACCAGAUUUACAGCCUUGUUGCUAAAUUUUUGUAGUUCAACACUAAUAACAGUUGCCACUACAGACACCAACUAGUCACAGUUUAGCAGCUUGCUGGUAAAGUCCAAAAACACACCUGAGUAUGCUCAUUUUGCCCUGUAUGGCAUUAAAGGACCACUAUAGUGCCCUGAGGGUGCCCCCACCCUCAGGGUUCCCAUCCCACCGGGCUCUAGGGGAUGGAAGGGGUUAAACUUACCUCUUUCUCCAGCGCCAGGCGGGGGACUCUCCUCCUCCUCGGCUGAAUGCGCAUGCGCGGCAAGAGCCGCACGCGCAUUCAGCCAGUCCAUAGGAAAGCAUUCUCAAUGCUUUCCUAUGGACGCUGGCGUCUUCUCACUGUGAAAAUCAAAAAAAUUAACUUUCUUUGGUGAUUGCUUGUUUUGAAGUGCUUUGUAGAAACCUGUAUCUGUUUAGUUUUUCACAAAUGCAUUUAUCCAUAUAUAGGCACUCAUGCACCGAAGCAUGCACAACACACACCAAGAGACAGAUGUAGACACCCUCAUGUAAUGAAAGAAACAUAAUGCAUGCACAGACAGAAAGACUCAGAGAUAUGCAUACAUACACACUCUGUAUACAAAUGCCUCCUCAUCACUGUUGUUCCAGUGUUCAAUUGCUGGUGUUUUCAGGGUACAGUAAGAUGACAAAAUUCUGGAAAUUCUACUUUGUCUCUGUUACUGAAAAAUAGGAUAACGUGAAGCAGAGUACACUUCUUGGUUUACUAAAUUAAACUAAAUGAAUAAAACGGUUUUAUCAAAAAAGGUGAAAACUUGGCAAAGUGAAGCAGUGUAAAAAUUAAUAAAUGCUGCCAAAAGAUGGAACUGUCUUUCACAAUUCCAAACACCAUAUAUGUACAAAAACUGAAGGUCUUUGGCGCCAAAUUUUGUGCAAUUAUAACGUGUUCACGCAAUCAUAAAUUGCAAGUGCAUCCAAAACGUGUUAUCUUAAAACAUUGGAAGUAAAAGCACUUUUAAAUUACUUGACGUGGAAGCACUCUCAGGUAGUAUAUAUGAAAGGAAAGAGAACAAACAAAACACUUUUAUAGUGUAGUAUUUAAUAUACAUAAAACAUAUAACAAGUGUAAAGCACAAAAUAAAUUGUGAAAAAUACGCCUUGCCAUUUAUCUCGAGAACAGUAUUAACUGGAGGUCAGUUCUAGAGAUAAGUGGCAAGGAAAUCUCUCACUGUUUUAGCAGAGUUCCUAUAUGGUGGAUCAACUGCAAUAGGUUUCACAAAUCGCUAGAGGUUCACUUCAAUUUUCAUAUGGAGACUGUUUGCUUAAUUGUUUUUCCAGAUAACAAUGUCGCCUCUGUGUAUAAAGACCUUCAGAAAUUAUCACGUUUGUUUAAAGACCAACUGGUGUACCCUUUACUUGCAGCCACUCGACAAGGUAUCGUCUCUCUUUUUAUUCUUUUGCUUACCUGACUUCCUAAGGGAACCUGGUAUUUUUUAUUUGUGUACAUGAAUGAAAUGUUGAACUAGCAAAUAUUUUUGCAAGUUAUUUAUUUUUGUUUGAGAAUUUUGAGAACUUUCUGCAAUUGUUUACAGAUAGCACUGUUUCUAAUGACUGUCCUGAAAUGUUGUCUGUCAUGAAAUGGAUAUUUUUUACCAACUCACUUCUCAUUUACUUCCUCACUUUGCAUUUAUACAUAACUCUUUAGAGGAAGUGGUGCUAGUUUCAUGCCUCUUUAUUAGCUCUUGUUAGUAUAAUGUACAAAAGGACGUGUAGUUUUAACCAAUAUUACUAAGAUAUAUGAAUAGUUGCUCUAUUGAUUAGAUCAUCAGGUGUGAAGUUCCUCUUUAAUGUAAACACUUUAACUGUGUGUCACUAACCAAUCACCCCUCUUACGUAUUCUUUGCCACUUUAAUUACCCUAGUACUAAACCUCCCGGACAUGUUUGGACUGGUGGUCCUCCCCCUGGAAUUAAAAUUGCGUGUUUUCCGACUCUUGGAUGUGCAGUCUCUCCUCUCUCUGUCUGCCUCCUGCCGAGAAUUAUGUGCCGAUACUGAAGACCCCUCACUGUGGCGAUUCUUUUACAUGCGAGAUUUCCGAGGUGAGGUGACUACUUUGCCAAGCAUUUUCAUUUUCAACAUAAAGGAGACUGACAGUAACGGGCAAUAUUAAGGGAAAGUGAUGUCUAAAAUGGAAAAAUCUGUAAAUGCAUAUACUGUAUUUUCUAUCUGUGUGUAAAAAGGUCACUCUCUGGAGUGAAUCAGCAUGUAUCAGUUUUAUCUGGUGCUUUGUUAUUUUUACUUUCUGUCUCUUUAUUUCCCAUUGUCUAAUUGCCUCAGUGUAUAUGUGCUUCUUUUUCUUAAAGGGACACUGUAGGCACCCAGACCACUAUAGCUCAUUGAAGUGGUCUGGGUGCAAACUCCCUUAACCCUAGAGUUAUUAUUAUUGCAGUUUUUAUAAACUGCAAAAUUACCUGCUAGAGUUAACCCCUCCUCUAGUCGAUGUCUACCACACAGCCACUAGAGGGACUUCCGGUUGCUUAGACAACUUUGCAUGAGGACUUCCAGCGUCACCGGAAUCACCAUAGGAAAGCAUUGAAAGCAUGGAAAUCCUAAUGCAAGAGCGGCCAUUGCCACGCAUGCACAUUAGGUCUUCCCAGACGUCGGUGGGGGAUGAGGAUGGGCGGAGCUGAGCCAGCGCAGAGGGACAUCGGCGCUGGACUCUAGUAUGUGUCAGAAGGGGUUAUUAACCUCUUCUGAAUCACGAGCUAUAGUGCCAGUAAAAUGAGUUUGUUUUCCUGGCACUAUAGUUUCCCUUUAAUUUUGGCUUUUUCUGUCUCAUCUUACCUGUCAUUUUCAGAAUGCUGCUUCUGUGUGUUUACAGUACAUUCCUUAUGAAUUACAGCUGUAUGUGUCAGAAAUGAAAUUGGCAAUUCUUGCCCAUGAAAAAACAAAACAUAUUCUGCUGUGGUUAUAGUGAUAGCUUCAAAGACCGCACUUUGCCAGGCCUUCACAGGCACGUGCUGCAGCUGGCUGACCACUCUGUGACAAAAAAAAGGCUCCAGUAAUCAGGAGCCUCUCAUUCUGUCUGCUUAUAUUAUCUUAUUAACUCCUGUCCAUAUGCAGUUUGUCCUCCAGCGUUAGUUCCCAAUCGUCACAUGAGUAGAACUGCUGAGUUAAUGGAUCACUAUAGAGUCAGAAACACAAACAUGUAUUCCUGACCCUAUAGUGUUAAAACCACCAUCCAGUCCCCUUGGCUCCUCAUGCCUCUAUAAAUAUAGCAAAAUCUUACUGUAUGCAAGCCUGAAGCUGUAACUCUGCAUGCUGUUUGCCUCAGAAAAACAAGCAGUCUGCUGUCAUCAUCAGAAAUUGUAGUAAGAUCCAAUCACAAUGCUUCCCCAUAGGAUUGGCUGAGACUGACAAGGGGGCAGAUCAGGGGCAGAGCCAGCACAAUUCAAACACAGCCCUGGCCAAUCAGCAUCUCUUCAUAGAGAUGAACUGAAUCAUGAAUCUCUAUGAGGAAAGUUCAGUGUCUGCAUGCAGAGUGAGGAGACACUGAAUGUUUGGAUGCAUUUUAGGCAGCCAUGACCCAGGAAGCACCUAUAACAGCCAUCUGAGGAGUGGCCAGUGAAGUUAUCACUAGGCUGUAAUGUAAACACUACAUUUUCUCUGAAAAGACAGUGUUUACAGCAAAAAGCCUGAAGGUAGUGAUUCUACUCACCAGAACAAAUUCAAUAAGCUGUAGUUGUUCUGGUGACUAUAGUGUCCCUUUAACUAAGCGGUGUAAUGUACCUAUUAGCAAAUUAAUAGUUGUAUGAAUUGGGCUGUUUUCAACACCCAAGCCUCCAAUGGUGCAUGUGUGCUGCAGCAGUUCGAGCUCAGUGUGAUGACCUGAUUUUGCCCCUCAGCCAAUAACCUUUCUUUUAUCUGCCCCUUUUACGUCAACAUAGCUUUGAACUACUGUUAAAAUAAUAGUGACAUUGAUUGGCUGGGGGGUGGCCCCAAAUCAGCAGCUCACCUCAUAAUGAUCUCUAAUUGGCUACGGUGCACUGCGUACCUUCCAAUCAGAAAAAGAUUUUGUGAACUUUUGAGCUGGGUUGUGCCCAAAGUGUUGUGUUUUUUUAUAUAUAUAGGUUACUCUCCUUGCUGUAUGGAUCAGGUUUGCUGUUUUGAUAUUGCUAAUACAGAAGUUCCUACUUCUCUAUUAGUGAUUUAAAUUCUGCUCAUAUUUGGACAGAAUUCAUUAGCCUAACUUCUAACUAGAUAAAAUGUAAUGCUUUGAGCUUGCGAAUUCCUUUUAAAAAGAGACUAAAUAGAUAGAUAUAUCUGUGGGAGAGGGAAAUUUAUACUUUAGCUAUAUCAGAGGCUGAACCAGUGGGAUUCAGGGGAUCCAGAUGUCAGCCGUUAGAAAACUUUGAAACUUCGACAACUUACCAGGGGAGAGUGCCAGGAGACUCUUGAAACCAUUACAGAUAGUAGUGGAUAUGGUGCUUAGGCAGCCCCCUUUAAAAUAGGCACAGCUUGUAACAUUAUAUAAAUCAACUUGAAAAUGUUUGUGUACAUUUGUGAAGACUGACAUAAUUAAUAUUAGAACACUCUACUGAGUUUGUCUACAAUGCAAAGUGUUGUCUGUAUACUUUAUGUCAAGCAGAAAUGUCAGUGUACUCAAAUAUAACAACUGUAAAUUAAAUAGAUGAAUAUUGAUUUUGCCAAUAGAAAAUGCCUUGUAGGAAUUACAAAUUUCCUUACACUUGCUUUAUGAUAGACAUGAGAAGUGCUGUGAUUAUCUGUUGCUCUGUAAAUAUAAUUGAAGAGAUCGUUAUGGUUUAUAGACAGUUUACUCUCACUUCUGUAGUAACUGUUGUCUUUGUCUUUAGAUCCUAUUCCCAGGAGCCAGGACACAGACUGGAAAGAGGUAAGUGUGUAUUUGUAUGUUAUUUGUAGCAUUUCAGUGUAAAUAUGAAGUGAUAAAAUGUUCACUACCUUAUUGCCCUAAUAAAAUUACCACAUUUCAUAAAUAAUUACUGGUGCAAUUUAUGGCAUCUGAUUUUCCAAAUAGAAAUCUUUGGGAUGUGCAAUAAAUUGAGUAGUCAUAUUGCUGAUGAUAAGGUGAUAGAUCAUUUUUUACAGCAAAAUAUUUCACAAGGGGGGGAAGUGCAGGGAUAUAUUGCAUGUGGCAAGUAGCCUAUUUCUACUAGCCACCUACUUGUAAUGGGGUUUAUGAAAAAAUAGGGAACAAACGAUCUUAAUUCCUUACCUAACCCUCCUUAGCUUAUGAAUAGUUUAAUAAAUCCUCUUGUAGGCAGAUACAGCUUUCCACCAAUUUUUACGCCCAGAGAGGCUAGGGCUCUAUUUCUACCUAUUACCCAUACCUAGUGGCAGGGCUGGACUGGGGAUACGAAGCAGCCCUGGAAAAAAAUCUAUGCCAGCCCCAUAAGUCAUUGUGCUAUGUAGUGUGUGAAAUAUAUCUGUAAUAGAAGGCUGCACUCACGGAUUCCAUAAAAUAUAACUUUUAAUCAGUCUUGUUAAAAAAAAAAAUCAACGUUUCAGUCCUACUUGAGGACUUUCAUCAGGAUUAUCCUGAUGAAAGUCCUCAAGUAGGACUGAAACGUUGAUUUUUAAAAAAAUUUUUUUUAACAAGACCGAUUAAAAGUUACAUUUUAUGGAAUCCGUUAGUGCAGCUUUCUAUUACAGCCAUUUGGAUGUUUGGAACCCUGGUAGUGCACCCGGUCUUGGGAGUUGAAGUCUGGCAAACAGUCACACAGUCCCACACACACACAGGCAAACAGUCACACACACACAGUCCCACACACACACAGGCAAACAGUCACACACACAGUCCCACACACACACAGGCAGACAGUCCCACACACACACACACACACAGGCAGACAGUCACACAGUCACACACACACUGACCUGCUUCUUACCUCCAGAUCCCUUGGAGCUCCUGGAGGCAGGUUGUUGGGGAAGCAGGGACUCCUUCCUGCUUCCCAUGCUGCAGUUACCCGGCUCAUUUAAUCCCACUCCCAUUGCACGCUAAGCGCCGCCCUGUCACACUAAGCUCUGCCCCCGACGCAAUAGUGUUUUUUUUUUAUGAUCCUUGUGUGAGCUGUGCCGGCCGCCUGGCUCCCCCUGCUCCCAUGGGGCCCUGUGCGGUCGCACAGCUCGCACAUGGCCGGCUGGGAUUACAGGAGCCUGAGCAAUGAUUAGGGCUGUCAGACCAACACCACCUGCUGUGGCCCACCAGGAAAUUUCCCGGUAUCCCGGUGGGCCAGUUCGGCCCUGCCUAGUGGUGUGGAAUUAUGAACAGUUGAGCUGUCUGCUGCCCCUCAAUUCUUAAUAACUUUAAUCUUGUCUUUGCUCAGAAAUGCGUUAGACUUGAGAAAAGCAGGUUAUCUCUAAAGUUUAUUACAAAAUUCCGUUAGUCCAAUAAAAAAGUCUUACAAGAUACUAAUGUUAUCUGUUUUUAACUUUAAUCUUGUUAGCCAUGAGAUGGGAAUCCGUAAUAAGUAGUAGAGUAGGUCAGACACAGUGGACACUACUUAUUCCAAACCCAUAACCAGCAGUUAGGGGAUUAUAUGAAUAAACAAUGGCCGCUUUAGUUGGCUUGCCACUCGUAACCCACAUCCUUAAUAAAUAAUAUGAAGGCACCUGCCUGUUGUCCAAGGGUUGGGGCUAAAGGGGUGGGAUAGUUAGAGUGUGCCAGCCGAUUUUAAUGGCCCCCAUUUGCCAGCCCGAUAAUAGAAAUGGUAAAUAGCUUGCAAUUCAUUUUGAAGGAAAACAUGUUAAUAUCAGUGGAUCUAAUUUACCCUUUUGGCUACCCCUUAUAUAGAUAAUAGGAAAAAAAAACACCUCUCUGCUAGGGACUGGGUACUGGUACUAUACGUGGAGAGGAUGUCACUGGGAGGGCAAACAAACAAAAACUAUUUGUUUACUAAAUAUGUUUGGAUAAACUUUACAAAAUAUUUUAUAUUUAUAAUAGAUAUUUUAAUUUUGUAAUAUUUUGAUAGUUUUUUAAAAUAUAUUUUAGGUGAUAUAUUUUUUGAUAUUUUAAUAUUUUGAGUAAAUAAUUUUAAACAUUUAUUAAAAACUAUUAAUUCAAAUUGUUGGUGUUUUUUCAGCUUUACAAGAAGAAACACAGACAGAAGUGGGAGACAUUACGAUCAAGACGCAUGAUCUUCAUUCCUCCAGUACCACAUCCUCUCCCUUUCCAUCCCAGUCCCUAUUACCCCAGCUCAUUUCCGCCACCCAGCACAUUCCCACCUGGAAUUAUUGGUGGAGAGUAUGAUGAGCGCCCGGUUCUUCCCUUAGUUGGAGAUCCCAUAACUUCUUUAAUUCCUGGCAUAAGCCCCACCUCUGGACGCUUCCAUCCAUUCAGGCCACACUUUGACCCAGUGGGGACACUUGCAGACCCAAAUCCAACACUUCAGGGCCGCAGUGGUCCCCGUCCCAGUAGAGGGAGAGGUCAUGACACACGAAGGGCAUUUAUUUGAACUUUUAGUGAGUAAUAAAUACCAGACUGCGGAUAGAAGAAUUGUACAUUCUGUUCUGUGGCUUAAACCAAAGGUGCAGUCAGCGUGUCUGUGAAUACUGUUUUUCCUGCACCAAUUAGGAGGCUUACUUGACAUGCUAGUUACGUGCACCUUACUGCCUUUUAAUUUCUUAUCAAUCUUUUAUGUGAGAUAUCAAAACGAAAACAAAAACAUAUCCAGCAAGAGAAUGACCUGUCUAGCAGAAAGGCUUAUUUAUGAGCAUUUACAAGAGAGUAAAGCUGAAGAUACAUAUUCUUUAUAUAAAAAAGGGCAGUUUAAGCAGCAUAAUGAUUACAUUUUUAUUUAUAAAAUAUUUUACCAGGAAAGAUACAUUGAGAUUUCUCUGUGUAGUGGUUAUGCUGCCUAGAGUCAGCGGAUUGGAGUCUCAAGCUUUGUAUCAACUGUUUAGGAGCAGUUUGACCAAAAACAGGCUGAAAAUCGCCCCAGACUCAGCCACUUUGAUAAUGCAGAAUUAACACUUCCACUCUAUCAAUGUUCUGAUCAAUCAAAUUAUAUCCAACCUGGACCGGUGGUUGAGUGAGAGUGCUGGUGGUGGGUUAGUCCUUCUCUCUCCGAGCUUGUCAUUGCUAUCUAGGAUGGUACCAAAUAUUUCAGUUUGGUGAAAAAUCAUUCUUGCUGUUGAUUUUCUAUCUUCAGCCGCUAAUCUAUUUUUUUUUUAUUUUUUUACUGAAUAAUAUAUUAAAUCUGUACUGUAUAUGUAAGAUGUUGUUCAAUAUACGGAGAUUACUUAUUUCUGACAGUAGGAACAUUGGCCAUCAACUUAUUGUGGAAGUUGAGUAAUUGUCACAUCAUUCUUAUGCAUUUUUGUUUUUACUUGUUUCUUGUAGCCAGGGAGAGCCUUGCACACAGUGAUGACUAACAUUGGCAUAUGUUUAUUACACUUUUCCUUUAGCCUUUCUGAGAAUUUUCAUUUUACACCAGUUACUCCUUUAAACACUUACAUGAUCUUUUUAAAUUGUCUAGGAAAAAGGUUCUAUAGCUAACAAUAGUGGAACGCUGGUCUUAACACUUCUAGCAGUUUAAUUAACAUAAUUGCUUCACUGGGCUUGAUGUGAGUUUUAUCCUCUGUUUACCUAUGGAUUUUCUGUGUUCAAUGGCAUUCGAUAGCAGAUCUACUAAAACCCUUCAUAUCUGCAGGCUGUUUCAGACACUUUGAAUGCAGCUAUUAAAGGAACAGAUCAGCAGAGAUAUUUUGUGUUUUACCAUUGCUGUACCGGUGUGGGAGUGAAAGGCCUCUGUCACUGAUCCCAGUAUAAUACAGAUUAAGGAACCCCGCACACAUAAAAAUGCAUUUUAAAAUUUUAUAAGGCUACUUAAAAUCACCUAUCACAGCAAACAAAAAUAUUGGGAUUCACUUCCACCAUAUGGCCAUAUUGUGUUAAACCCUCCACUACUUCACAGUACCCCAAUAUCGGUGUGUCCUUCACUAAUUCCAAUGUGGAAGACAAAUUAAAUAGUGCUAGUAUUCCUCACCCUAUAGUGCUAAAACCACCUUUUAGGUGGCUUGUCCCCUUUUAACCCAUUUAAAACGUGAUAAAACUUACCUUAUUUCCAGCGCUGUGCGGGUCCGCCGAUGCAGGCCCCGGCACCAUCCCCAAUCCGCCUCCUUGCUGACAUCAUCAGAAUUUAUGAUUUGAGCCAAUCCAGUGCUUUUCCUUAGGGAAAGCAUUGGAUUGGCUGAAAUUGGCAAGGAGGCGUGAUGGGGGCAGGGCCAAACGCUGGGUUUGCCAAUCAGCACCUCCUCAUAGUAAUGCAUUUAAUGAACAAAGGUUAGCAGAGAUGCUGAACGGCAGUGAUGCACACUGAGGAGUUGCUACUCGAAGCGUUCCUAGGGGCAAUGUAAACACUGCCUUUUCUCUGAAAAGGCAAUGUUUACAUGAAAAUGCCUGCAAGGAAUGAUUAUGCUGACCAGAACAACUACCGUUUAAUGACUAUAGUGUCUCUCUAAUGUUUUUGUUUCUAAAAGUUUACUGGUUUCUGACAUACAGCUUGCUGAAUAAAAAAAAAAAAU